UUUGCCGUAUUUAAUUAAGCAGGAAAGUAUAAUUAAUUAGGAGAAAUUGUAAUUAAUUAAUAUAAACUCCAACACCAAACAAUAAUUGUACCUGCCAAGUACGCCCUUCUGUACUGUGUACCCACCUUUCUUUCCUUUAUUUAUUUAUAACCCCCCACUCCCCCUUCUCUCUCUCUCCUCAUCUCCUCCCACACUUUCUCUCACUAGAAAAUAAGAAGAACAUUACAACAACUCUCUCUAAUUCUCUCACUUCAUUAUUCCGAUAAUCGAUUUCAAUUUUCAAUUUUCUCAAUUGCAAAUUAUAUAACAUGAAGAAGUUGAUGAGGAAAUUCUCCAGAGUUGCCGAUUCCUCGCAGUACAGCUUGCUCAGAUCUCAUUCCAGGCUGGCACACAGAGCGGAGUCCUUCCGGAAGAGGUCCGGCGGCGUGCCGGAGGGACACCUGCCGGUGUACGUCGGAGACGAGAUGGAGAGGUUCGUCGUCAGCGCCGAGCUGUUGAACCACCCGAUUUUUGUGAAGCUGCUGAACAAAUCCGCGGCGGAGUACGGCUACGAGCAGCAAGGCGUGCUCCGGAUCCCCUGCCACGUGUUCCUCUUCGAGCGCGUCCUGGAGGCGCUGCGCCUCGGCGGCGGCGAGUCGAUUCACCUUCUGGACUCUCUCUCCGAUGAGUUGUAGUAGUCACCAAACGACGCCGUGUUGAGUAUCUUUUUUUUUUCUUUUUUUAAAUGACCGAAAAGAUUCCCGGUGAUGAUAUAUAAUUAAUAUUUAUAUAUCUUUUUUUCUUUUUUCUUUUUUCUUUAUUUAUUUUCCUUUUUUUUUUCUGCUUCUCGGUUGUAAUUAAACACUUUGUGAUGAAACAAAGUGGAGAAGCAAAAAAAGUGUUUAGGGUUUUGUUUAAAGGAUUAAUUAAUUAAUGAAUUAGAAGUAUUUUUAGUUGGAUUUUUC